AUGCGUCUCGUUCGAGAUUGCCUGUAUGGGGGGUUAUUCCUAAACACAGCGCUUUUCUCUCAGCUCUCCCACGCCAUUGAUAUCGAUAUCAGCAGUACCAGUUCCAUCAAGGAUGCCGCCAGUAAGACCGCCUACGGGUCCAUGACCUGGUAUCAUGGAAACGAAACCGGUCAGAUUCCCGGUGCUUUCCCUAGCAAGUGGUGGGAAGGUAGUGCACUCUUCACAAGUUUGCUCCUCUACUGGUACUACACCGGAGACAGUACCUACAACGACGAGGUCCGUCAAGGUAUGCAAUGGCAGGCGGGUGACUGCGAUUACAUGCCCGCCAACUACAGUAGUUACUUGGGUAACGACGAUCAAAUGUUCUGGGGUCUUGCCGCCAUCACUGCUGCCGAGAUCGAAUUCGCCGACAGUUCCUCCGGAUACUCCUGGCUCGCUUUGGCCCAGGGCGUUUACAACACUCAGGUCGAUCGAUGGGACGAUUCGACAUGUGGCGGUGGUCUGCGCUGGCAGAUCUAUCCUUAUGAAGCCGGUUACGCCAUGAAGAACUCCAUCUCUAACGGAGGUCUGUUCCAACUCGCUGCCCGCCUGGCCCGCUACACCUCCAACGACACGUACGCCGACUGGGCAGAGAAGAUUUUCGAUUGGUGUGCCUCGACUCCGUUGUUAAACAACCAGACUUGGAACGUGGCCGACUCCACCGAUGUCGAUAAUAACUGCAAAACCCAAGGAAACAAUCAGUGGUCUUACAAUUACGGUGUCUUCUUGACGGGAGCCGCGUACAUGUACAACUAUACCGGCAAGGCCAAAUGGAAGAACGCGGCGGAGGGUCUCUUGAACGUGACGCUCGACACCUUCUUCCCGGCGAAGUAUGGUGGAAACAUCAUGUCCGAAAUUCUCUGCGAACCGGCCGAAGUGUGCAACGACAACGAAAUUCUGUUCAAGGGACUCGUCACGGGAUGGCUUGGGCUUGUGGCUCUGAUUAUGCCGUCGACGUCCAGUCUCAUUCUGCCAAAACUGCAGGGGUCCGCCGAAGCUGCCGCAGCUUCCUGCAACGGAAUGGGCAACAACACCUGUGGUGUGCGCUGGUAUCCCAAGAAGUGGGAUGGGUGGAACGGAAUGGAGGAAGAGAUCGCCGUCACCAACGUUCUGGCCUCCGCAUUGUAUAGCACGAAGCAAACGGCCCCUGUGACCUCCAGUACUGGCGGCAACAGUACUAGCGAUCCGAACGCGGGUACAGGCGACAACACCGACAGCGGCAGUACCGAAUCGAAGAUCACCACGGGCGACAAGGCGGGUGCCUCCAUCCUGACCAUUGCUUUUGUGGGCAUGUGGGGAGGUAUGAUCGCUUGGAUGGUCAUUGGCGGUUGA